GGUGACGUCACAGUCAGUGUGACCAGCAUGAGGCGCAUAGUCAGUGUGGGUUUGUUGAGGCAGAUCAGUUUAUUAGGUAGAAAUCUGCCUUCUCAGCUGACAGCAGGUCAACAACGAGUCUGUUCUCUGAACUUCUGCAGGAAAUCAUCGAGAGACAACAACAACAACAACAACAACAUGGACCUGAGUGACAUGAGGAAGAAAUACAAAGGAGACGAGGAGUGUUUUGAGGAGAGUCAGCUGGUAUCUCUGGACCCAAUCAAACAGUUUGGGGACUGGUUCGAUGAAGCCACAAAGUGCCCUGAAAUCGGAGAAGCCAACGCCAUGUGCAUCGCCACAGCCACCAAAGAUGGACGUCCCUCCGCUCGUAUGGUCCUCCUGAAAGGUUACAGCGACGAGGGAUUCCGAUUCUUCACCAACUACGAGAGCAGGAAGGGCUCUGAGCUGGAAACCAACCCAUACGCAUGUCUGGUCUUCUACUGGGAACCCAUCAACAGACAGAUUCGCAUUGAGGGCUCAGUGGAACGAAUCCCCUUCCAGAGCUCCAGCGACUACUUCCACUCCCGACCAAAGAGCAGCCAGAUCGGCGCCGUCGUGAGCCGACAGAGCACUCCGGUUCCUAACAGAGAUUUUCUAAGGCAGAAAAAUGCAGAACUGGAGGAGAAGUACAAAGACACAGAUGUUCCGAUGCCUGAUUACUGGGGCGGCUACAUCGUCAGGCCUCACCUGAUGGAGUUCUGGCAGGGUCAGACCAACCGGCUCCACGACCGCAUCGUCUUCAGCCGGCCGAAGGACGGAGAGUCGGAGCUGGGGGAGUUCCAGCACGCUGCAGAGGGAGGCUGGGUGUACCAGCGACUGUCACCCUGAGAAUAACCUCAGAUAUCAGACUGUCAUCUGCAGGAAAAAAUCAUACUUGAAGUAACCGCUCAUCUCUAGGUACUGAAUCAAAUAGAUGCUACUGUGUGUAGAUUCAUCAACAAGCCGAACGUCACUGUGUUCUUGAUGUUAGUCCACUUUGUUCAGUGGUUACCAUGGAUACCAGAGGUGUGACACAAUCUGUACAACUUUAUAUGUUCCUCACAUUAUGAAGCAGAAAUAUGCUGUGUAGGUUUUACAGAAAGAGAGCAAACUCCACCUGGUCCUGUUAAAUAAUGACUGAAAGUGACGCUGGUUAUUCAACAGUGUUCUUGUUCUUGUUGUUAAGUCUUAAUUCUUUAAAAGCACAACCUGUCCUACUGACCGUCCCCCACUGACGCAACUCUCUGUCGUCCAUUUUCAAUGUUGAAAUAAUAGUAACACUUUGAUUUUACAGGUCUGUAAUUUCCUAAUAAGUUCCAAGAAGUUUUACUAGAAAUAUAUAGUUUGUAAUUUUAUACUAAUUACAAAGAAAUAGAGACAAAAGUCCUGAGACAGCUGGUUGAGUUGAGUUUACAUAUUAUUGAUUUUCAGAGGAAUUGAUCCAUUUAAUCCCAAAUAUAUACACUGAAUGGCCACUUUAUUAGGUACACCUGUACAAUCUAAUGCAAUCCAGUGUUAAUUCAGCUCUAUGUUUUAAAUUGGUGGUGGUGUUAAACUGAACUGCUUUAUACUGAGUAUGUAAAUAUGGAGGAACACCACUCAAUAUAAUGUACACCACCACCUUUAUCUAUGACCACAGUAAUAAACACAUAGUUAAAUUUACACAUUUCAUUAUAAACUCUGUAAAGGAAGAAUUUAUGUAUUGUAUUAAAUAGAUUACACAGGUGUAGGCUACCUAAUAAUAGUAAAGGACUGUCUUCAUACUUCAGACACUGUCCAUUUCUGUUAAAAAUAAUAAUUUAAAUUUAUUGAAUAAAUAAAAAUAAUAACAUUUAUAUCAAUGAAUUAAAUUAAUACAAAUAAAAAAUAUAUUAAUUCAUUAAAUUGAUUGAAAAAAAUUCAAAUAAUCAUAAAGAAUUAAAAUAAAUUGUAAAUUUGACUCUUGACAAAUGCUGACCUGCUGAACACUUACUGAAGAUCUCCAGGUUAUGUUAUCAUUUAAAUUUAAUUAAUUAAAAGCAUAUUGAACAGCUGUCUCCAUUUGUCCUUAUAAUUAGUACAAGAUUACAUACCAGGAACCUUCUUAUGAAUUUACAGUUAUAUAUCAGUGUCUUUCUAGGAAAUUUUAAGGAAAUAUAGGAGCAAUAAAAUAUUAGUGUUACUAAAUUAUUCUGACUUUAAUUCAUUUUGAAUUGAUUGUAGCCGUCUUAAAUGAAGACAGUGGUCUAACUGCCUUUUAAUAAUGAAAUUAAAAGAGCUGAUGAUGUGAAUUGUGCCAACUGCCAUAAUUAUGUGUCUCUUGUACUAUUUGUGAAUAAUAUUGAUGUUUACUUUGACUUGAUUUAACAAUGGAAUAGAGUAAUAAAGUUUAAUUUGUAACUGA